AUGGUUUGGGGUGAUAUGCCUAAAUUAAAAGAUAACCACACUUCAUUGUAUUCUUCAACCAUGGAAGACCUGGAUGUGGAUCUUGACUCUGGACUAGAGGAAGAUGACAUUAAACAUGAGAGCCCUUAUGAAGAUUCCACAAUCUUUGUAGCUUUUAAAGGCAAUCUUGAUGAUGAUGACUUCAAACAGAAAUUGGACAUCAUUUUGAACAAUGUUCCUGGCCUUUUACACCUGGGUAUUUCACUCUUUUGUAUUUUUUUAGUGAAAGAUUGCUUAAUUAACUUUCAAAUAUUAGAUUUAGACAUGUAAAAUUGCAAUUCAUUUAUUUAAAGUUAAAUUGCUCUAGAAUAUUGCAGACUUUUUACUAGUUAUUUUUAGCGAAAAAUAUAUAUAUCCCACUCUUCUUCCUGAAGUGUACAGUGUACAUUUGAAUUGCUAGUUGAAAUGUCUUGUGUGAAGUAGCUCAGAGUUACUAUUACAUAUUGAUAUCAGUUAUUGUACUUGAGUAACCAUGUACAUUCUCUGUAGUAGGUCAACAAGUUUGUCUUCUUUUUUUCUCCUUUUAACAAGAAUCUGAAAAGUUAAAACUGAAGAAGGUGGAACCCUGGAACAGUGUACGUGUUACUUUCAAUAUUCCUCGUGAAGCAGCUGAGCGACUACGAUUGCUGGCUCAGAACAACAACCAACAACUUAGAGACUUGGGAAUCCUCUCAGUUCAAAUUGAAGGUAGCUGAAAAUACUUUUGCACUUGUUUCUGAACUGUAUAAGUAUACUUAAGAAACACAGUCUUUGAAAAAUAAAUAUUUCCACUAGCUUUUUGAGUACUAAAUAAUAGUAUACCUCACUGGCAUCCUGAUAUUCUGCCUCAGGGAUAGAAUACAUGUUACACUUUUGUAUCUGUACCCUUCAUGUGUGUACGCUUCUCCCAGCUGUUUCAGUUAGCAGCACAUGGCUCAUGAACUCUGGCCAUCAAAUAGGCAGCUUCUGUGCCCCUGCUCCAUGUCAUCUGUGGUUGCUAGAGAGUGUGGGUAAAACCUGCUAUAUAAGAACCAGAAUUCGUCUGAUAAAUGAUGUUAAAUGAUGGCAGCCUAUGACUUUUUACAUACUGCUUCUCAUUUUCACAUGCACUUGAAAAUGCCAGUCUGCUGGCAGAUCCAAAUUAUUAUUGCUUACAUUUUGCAUAUUUUCCCACUGCUUCAUUGAUAUGAAUGGUAAGAUGAAGCUGUACUUGAAUAACAGCUGCUUUGCUUUGGUAAUAUAAGAAUAUUUCUGCUUUUUAGCUGUCUUAUUCUUGGCUGCAAGGAAAGAAAAUCCUUGCACAGAAGAAAUACAUGCAUGGAUUGUUUUCUCCAUUUAAAAUGAAUAGGAAAACUCAACAUACAUAUCAUAGCAUCUACACCCACAAAAAUUGCUGGAUUGGAGCAACUAGAAGAAACAACCUUAUUUGUUUGUUUUUAAUUUAUUAAAUUUUUAUCCAACACUUCUUCCCAAAGGAGCCGAGGGUGGCAGAUGAACUCUCAAUAUUAAGCUUUCAAGUGACUUUUUAAGGAAAGCCAAGAAGUGUGCAAGCUCUAUUCCCUCUUAUUUGUUUGUUUUAAAUGCAUGUUGUUGAUCUGAAUCCAAUUUUUUCAAUUUUUUCAAUUUCAUGGUUCUGCAUGGGACAAUGUGGGACAAUGACAAUAAAGACAUCGUAUAUUGUAUAUACCACUUUUCAACAGCCCUUUUUAAAUGCUACUUUGUAGUUUCCUGCCCUGCCAUAUUGAAGCAAUAUUUAUGCUCUGUUAAUGAUUGCUUUCAGGUGAAGGUGCCAUCAAUUUGUCAUUGGCUCAAAACCGAGGCCAAGAUGUGAGGAUUAAUGGGCCUAUUGGACAAAACAACUCAGUACGAAUGGAGACAGGCUUUCCCAUACCAGGAAACCAAGGCAAGUUCAGUUUUUUAAAAGUUAGUGAUACGUUACUUUGUGAAAUAUGCAACUGUUCUUUCAUACAACUCCAAAGACUUUUCACUUCUUGAUUUUUCAUGUUUGUGGCAUGUUUUGGGUUUUUCUUGGGAACAUUUAUAGGCUGCUAACAAUUUAUUGCCAUGUGCAAAUUUUCUUACUAUAACUAAGUAUAGAAGAAUGGUUUUUUAAGCCUGUUUUAAUGUUUUAUCCUCUAAUACAGGCUUCAUCAACCUUGGCCCUCCAGAUGUUUUGAGACUACAAUUCCCAUCAUCCCUGACCACUGGUCCUGCUAGUUAGAGAUCAUGAGAGUUGUAGGCCAAAAACAUUUGGAAGGCCACGGUUGAGGAAGCCUCCUCUAAGAUUCUACAUGGCAGAUUUUCCAAAGUUCCCUUCAAGGAUAGAUGCUGUUCUUAUAACCAUUCAGAGAUAAUACAUAAUUUAACUUCUAAUGAGGAAGUUUUGUAAUCAGUGUUUAGAAGCCUGUGUAAGUGUCUUUUUGAGGGUCCUGAUUUUUAUUUAAAAACAGGAAUGUUUUUAAAUAGGGAAAGAGAAUGUCCCUUUGCUUGAGAAGAAAUCUGUUUGCACAAUGUCGGAUUUCACCCAUUGGAUUCAGUUAAAAAAGUAAAUAAUUUGGUUUUGUUUUGCCGCUGAUAAUAGUGAUAAUGACAAACACAAAAAGAAAGCUAAAUAAUAUGUAAAAUUCAAUGGAAAAAUUAAAAGUAGAGUCAGGAAGACAAAGCAGAUAAUAUAGACAAAGAAACACUUGUUAGGAGAUUUUUUUAUGAUACUAAUUUAACAAGCCAUGAAGAGAAAUUGAAGAAGACAAAGGGUCAGUAACCGUGGAUUUGUUGCUGUUUUUGGUUUGGUGCUUAUUGGUGUUCUGGAACAAGGUUGGCCAUGCUCCCUUUUUAGAGAAUAAUGAAGGCCAUACAUAUCUUAACAUAUGUAUUUGAUACUCUUAUUUGUAAUGUGUUCCUAUUUGUAUGAUCUAGCAUUCAUAUUUUAUUUUUUUAUCAUUACAUUUCUAUUGUGCCCUUCCAAGGAGUUCAGUGUGGCAUACAUUGUUCCCCCACCCCCAUAUUAUUUUCACAACAACCCUUUGAGAAAGUGAUUGGCACAAGGUUACCUAUCAAGCUACAUGGCAGCAUAGGGAUUUGAACACUGGUCUCCCAGCUUCUGUUCCAAGCCUCUGGCCCCUACAACACACUAGAUAUCUACAAUGUGGUUUCCUUUAGCAAUUCAUUCUCCUUUAUCGAUCCACAUUGGAGUGGCUUUUGCCACAGAGACAACAGUUUUGUUAGAAUUUCUGCUUUCUUGCAUAUAUAUUCAAAACUCGAAUAUACCACAAAUAAAUAUACCACACAAAAACUUCAAAAUUUCAGUGCAGGAUUUGAAGCUUUUCUCAUUCUGUGCAAUGCUGUACUUUGCAAUUUGACAAUUUGCUUCUUUGCACAAUGAAAAAUAUGGUUAUGUUUCUAGGGUUAAUAAGAAUAAACAAUCCUGCAACUGUGAUGAUGCAGCAAAGUGGGAAUGUAUCAUCAUCUAUGAUGACAAGUGCAGCUAACACAGAGUUGCAACCUAGAACACCUUGUCCAACAUCUCAGUCAGGUAAUCAGCUUAGAUCUUACUUGGAUAAAUAUAUCUGGAGAAAUGUGAAUUUGUGUUUUAUUUCCCCUGGCUUCUGCUUAUUAAUCUGGAAACGCAUUCUAUAAUAUUUACCCAAGCUCUUAACUAGUUCUUUGCAUGGAAUGAGCUGCACUUUUUAAAUAUUCAAAUAUUAUUGCAGAUUUCAUGUUGUUGUUGCCUAGUCCCCAUUUCACAAAAAUAUGUGAAGUGUGGUAAAAAAUUAUUGAGAAAUAUCCUGAGCUGCGUGUGUGCGCACGUGUGUGUGUGUGUGUGUGUGUGUGUGUGCUUGCUUGUGAGGGACAGAAAGAGAAUGCUUGUUUCUCUGAAUAUUACUAGACUAACUACAGACAAUAUUUCUUUUUCUUCUCCAUUUCUUUUUAUAGAUUCAGUGGAUCCACUUUUGUCAGGGCUAGCCAUCCAACAGCAAAAUCAUCCAUCUGGAUCUGUAGUGCCUCAGCUCCAUUCAGUACAGCCAGUUUCUGUUAAUAGGCAAAUAAACCCAGCCAACUUUCAGCAGAUGCAACCACAGCAACAAUUACAGCCACGCCCUCCUCAACAGCACCAGCAACCACAACAGGGUAUUCGUCCUUCGUUCACAACCCCAACUCAGGUUCCAGUUUCUCCUGGUUGGAACCAGGUGCCUUCUGGAAUAGUUCAGCCUCCUCCGUCGCAAGGCGCAAUGGGCACAUUGACAGUUAACCAGGGCUGGAAAAAGGGCCCUUUGCCUGGACAAAUGCAGCAGCAACUCCAAGUCAGACCAUCUUUGGCAACGGUACAAACACCCUCCCAUCCUCCACCCCCAUACCCUUUUGGAAGCCAACAAGCUUCUCAGGCACACACAAACUUUCCUCAGAUGAACAACUCUGGCCAAUUUACUGCUCCUCAGAUGAAGAAUCUUCAGGGAGGGCCUUCACGGGUCCCUACACCACUACAACAACCCCACCUGACCAACAAAUCUCCUGCCUCCUCUCCCUCCUCUUUUCAGCAAGGAUCUCCCGCAUCUUCCCCAACAGUUAACCAAGCACAGCAGCAGAUGGGACCAAGGCCUCCCCAGAAUAAUACUCUCCCCCAGGGGUUCCAACAGCCUAUUAAUUCUCCUAGCCGCAAUCCUAUGGUACAGCAGGGGAAUGUACCUCCAAACUUCAUGGUAAUGCAACAGCAAAACCAGGGUCCACAGGGCUUACAUCCCGGGCUAGGAGGUAAGUAAUCAUUUUAUUGCAAAAUAUUUGUUCCUAGACUUUAUAGCAAAUUAAUAAGUUACCUAUGAACACUGAAUUAAUAUGCAACACCAUGUGAAUUUCCUGUUGAUAUAUUAAAGAAUUGAACUGCUGAAUAAUUUUUGUCAUUGUUUUUCCUGGACAGGUUGCACAUGUUUAUAUGUUUUGUAUGUUGCCUUGCUAUUACUAUAAAAGCAUAAGAGUUGGAAGAAAUAUCACCUUGCCCAAACCAGUGCUUUGAGACAGAAUACUGUAAAUCUCUAUUGCUUUCCUAACAGGCCAUGUUUUGCUUGAAAUCUUCCAAGGGAGGAGAUACCGCAGCAUUCUAAAGCCGAUUGUACAGUUGCUGAAAUAAUUUCAUAAAUGGGAACUUUCCCUGACAGUUUGAUUUUAAAUCUCUUGUAAUGUAAAUCCAUUGCUCAUGUAUCCUUAAUUAAUAAUUAGUAAUAAACAAUUACUCAGUAGAAGAGUUUGAUUAUCAUUUCUGGGUUAAUAAGCUGAGAUAUGUAGCGUUUUGGCUGUGUAUGCAGCCGCUUUACUCCUCCCUUCAUACUGAGAGCAAACAAACCAGGAAAUUUUUUGUUAACUAGUUUUCUGUUUCAAAUGAACAUGCUAGGAUAUUUAGCCCUGGGCUUAAUUUUGACACAAUAUCCUAGCUUGUUCUAAAGUUGUUAACCAUAAUUUCCCAAUUUGGACAAAAUGGAAAAAUAGUCUGUUGAAGUCUUUCUGGUUUAUUUUCUUGCUCAUGCCUAAGGGUGCACGUGUAGUUAAAAAGCUUGUUAUUAAGCAGUGAUAUGAUUGUUCAAACAUGGUUAUUCUUUCUCUGAUAGUGAAAAACAUUAUUAUCAUUUCUAAUCUUUUUUUUCUAGGUUGGGCAAACAAGCCUCUCAUUACUUGACAUAGUCAUUGAGUCCAUAGUCAGUUUAUUUUUAUAUAUCACAAUUUUCACAGAUUUGUGCUUAGAGUGGUUUGCCGAAAAUCAGUCGGAAUGCAAUAAUACAAUAAUUACAAUAUAUAACUAAAAUUACAAUAUUCCUAUUGUGUUUCAACAGUUAAUUUAUUAAAAUUUAUCAAAUUAAAUUAAAUUAGCACAAAGUUUACUAACUAAACUUUUACUAAAUAAUAUUCCAUAGAAUCUCUAAAGCUAAUACAGUCAUACCUCAUGUUGCGUCCGCUUCAGGUUACGUCUUUUCAAGUUGCGUCCCGUGGCAACCCGGAAGUACCGGAAUGGUUACUUCCAAGUUUCGCCACUCACGCAUGUGCAGAAGCGCUAAAUCGCACGCUUCUGGAUACAAACGCUUCGAGUUGCGGAUGUGCCUCCAGGACAGAUUAUGUCCACAAGUCGCGGUUCCACUGUAAUAGUAGUAACUAUUAACACCCUUAUCCAAAAAAGCCUUUGCAUACAUAGAGUCAAAAGACAAGACCACCCCACUCCAUUUCUUCUGGCUGCUGCUCACUUAUUAAGGCUGCUGGAGCUGGAGGGUGGAACAUAGCCCCCCCCCCCAUUUUUCCUGCUUUAUUAUCCUCUUAACUGUAUCAUGAUAAGAAUAUAUUAAUCAAUGUUAAUAUACAAUGCAAUUAAUAAACAAAGUUAUUUUUCUGUCCAGGAAUGCCCAAGCGUCUCCCACCUGGCUUUCCUGCAGGACAGGCAAAUCAGAACUUCAUGCAAAGUCAGGUGCCUUCUACAGCACCAGGGACACCUGCAAAUAGUGGAACACCCCAAUUGCAAACAAGUCAGAGUGUGCAGCACACAGGUCUGGUAGCUGAAUUUUAAUAGAUUAUUGGUCUGCUUUUCUCAUUUAUGGAAGCUCACUCUAAAUGACAAUACAGUGUUGUAUCCAGCGGUGGUUUAGGAGUAGCUGAACUGCUGCUCCUAGUACAAAGUGACACACUCAGUUUUUGCCAAUCCCCCAUACUAAUUAUAGCACUUUAUGCCAUAUUCAAUCUUGAGUGGCCCCUAACCUUCAAGGGAUUUUUUUGGGGCGUGGUAGUGGGGAACAUAGGAGGGAUUGGUGAAAAUCUGGUGCCUUACCUUGUGCAAGCACAAAGCCAUCAUUAGAGACAAUCCACAUUACUUGGCAAAUGAUGUAUUUUCAAUAGUAGUAAUUUUUAUAUGUGUAGAAACGUGACUGCUGUGUUAAAUGACACAGAACUGUCAACAUCAAAAGUUGGGUUUAUCUGAAAGGAUAGUGCAAUGAAUUUAGUGCCAUUUUGAAAAAUUGCCUUCUUCUGUUUGCUGUUGUGGAGACAGUAAACAGCUGUCUUAGGUAAAGUAGGUGCAAUAGAGGCCUUGGGUUUAGAGAGAGAAACACUGGGAAGACCAAUUAAAACCUUUCACCCUUUUGUAAAAAAUAUUUUGUUCAUAGACAAUGCCCUGGAAACAUUAUAAAACCCUAUUUGCCUUUCAGUAAAAGAUUCUAAAUAUGACUCUGUUGAAUAAUAUAUUAUGCUGUUAACUUCUGUUUGCUUUGCCCCCCUGUUCUAGCCCACCACUGAUCUGUUACCUCUUUCUUUUGCAUGUUCUGAUCAUGUAUGAUUGGCAGAAAUGCUGUUAGAGAAUAAUUCUUAGGAUUUCCAACAUUCACAAAUACUUUCAGACCAUGUUUUAAAUAUUGGAAUUUUGAUAGUACAGUAUUGUAAAUGUUAAACACAGAGAAAAUUUUCUGGACUAGUUUAUUAAUUUACAUGCUCUUAUACCAAUUCAGUUUACAAUUGUCUAACCUGAACUAUUAAAAUUUUUAAGGUGGUCAAGGAAAUGGUCCUCCUCAGAAUCAGAUGCAAGUUCAACAUGGCCCAUCAAAUAUGAUGCAGACCAACUUAAUGGGUCUUCAUGGAAAUAUGAACAACCAGCAGACAGGUACCAGUGGAGUUCCACAAGUUAAUAUGGGCAACAUGCAGGGACAGCCUCCACAAGGACCACAAUCUCAGCUAAUGGGGAUGCACCAACAAAUAGUGUCCUCCCAAGGACAGAUGGUGAACAUUCAGCCUCAGGGAUCUCUAAAUCCUCAAAACCAGAUGAUACUUUCUCGAGCUCAGCUCAUGCCACAGGGCCAGAUGAUGGUAGCAUCUCAGAACCAAAAUCUUGGUCCAUCACAGCAAAGGAUGACACCACCCAAGCAGAUGAUUCCCCAGCAAGGCCAACAGAUGAUGGCUGCACAUAAUCAGAUGAUGGGACCGCAAGGCCAGGUGUUGCUGCAGCAAAAUUCAAUGAUGGAGCAGAUGAUGACCAAUCAGAUGCAAGGAAAUAAGCAGCCGUUCGGUGCUCAAAGCCAGUCCAAUGUUAUGACGGGGCCAGCUCAAAUAAUGAGAGGACCAACCCCCAAUAUGCAGGGAAACAUGGUGCAAUUCACAGGACAGAUGAUGGCCCAGCAAGGCCCUGUGAACAGCAACCCUUCUCAGGUUAUGGGGAUUCAAGGACAAGUUCUGAGACCCACAGGAACUAACCCUCACAUGUCUCAGCAACUGGGUGAUACCACCACUACUACAAACAGUGAUGUGAACUUGACACAAAUGCUACCUGAUGUUUCUAUGCAACAAGGAAACAUGGUGCCUCCUCACUUGCAAGGGAUGCAGGGAAACAACAAUACACCAGGGAGCCAUUUUGCUGGGCAUGGGAUGCCCUUUAGUACUCCUUUUAGUGGAGCUCAAAAUGGGAAUCAGAUUUCCUGUGGACAAAACCCAGGUUUUCCUGUCAACAAGGAUGUCACAAUAACAAGCCCUUUGUUGGUAAACUUGCUGCAAAGUGAUAUAUCUGCAGGACAUUUUGGUGUGAACAGCAAACCGAACAAUCAAAAUGCCAAUAAACCCAAGAAGAAGAAACCUCCAAGGAAGAAGAAAAAUAAUCAGCAAGUAGAACAAAUUAAGUAGGUUUAACAUUUUUGUUUCCUACACAACUGAACCAAGUUUGUUUCUAUUUCAGUUGAACAUAAGGUUUGCAUUUGCUAGCAGUUCUUUUAAGUAAAUACUUUUAAUUCACAAAGCAAUGCCAGUUUUGCAAUUUACACCUCCAUCCCAUGCAGAAAUAAAGAGAAGAUAAUUAAAGAAGUAACUUUACCAACAAUUCAUUCUGUGUUUGUGUUAGUUGUUAAGUUAGAACCCCAAGUGUUGUCACUCUUCAGGUGAAAACUCUUUUUUUAAAAAUAGGGCUGAUGUAGAAGUAACUCAGAAAAGCAGCACCAGAAAGAAACCUCAGUGACAGGUUUUUAGUUGAAUUAUAGGCACAAUAAAUGAUUGAAGAGCGCUUUCAGACAUGCUACUACAUAGUGUGCUUGUCACCGCUGAGGCUUUCAGUGCAGUCUACAGAAUGAUGAGAAAUCAGGGCUGGCUAUAGGAAGAGGAGUUUUUUGUAUGGGGCUGUGCCUAUGGACAUUGCUGCCAAAAUGCCCCAGACACAAUUGGAUCACAGCCAGCUAGUACUCUCUCUUAACUUUGCUCCCACUCCUCUUUCCUUAAGUGCACAUACCAGCUCUCCUUUCCCCGUCACUUACCAUGGUGUUUCACACCAUUUUUGCAGGCCAGAAAAUAUGCUUGUAUUGAUAAAUAGUAUACUAUUUCCUUGUCUAUUUGACCUGGAAAAAAAUUGCCAGACCAGGCCACAUGAAAGCCACACUGCUAAUGGGAAGGAGGCCUUGAGCCUUGCCUACCACUUGAUGACACUUGCUGGAUCAUAGAUCGGACAAAUGACUGAUGUCCUGUUACUACAUUAGGUAGAACUAUAUAAAAACUAAGUGUCUAGACUGUAACACAAAUAAUAAAACCUCAUUUUCACAAUUGGUUACAUAACACUAACAUGUUCAUGAGUGGAUUUGUUCAGUGGAGACAGUAUUCCAGUAUUAGAGUAAUUCCUACAACAAAAUGCUCAUUCCAUACAAUGUGUUGAAUUGUAUGGUAGCUGUCCCAGAAAUAUUCUACUUACAGUAGGCCAUAGGGCAUUUAAGUGGGUCUCAGGAUUGUGCUACCUGCCUCUGCACAAAGGAGUGAAUUUGUGAGUCAGGAUUUUCACAAAUUUCCUAAUUUCAACAGCAUUUUUCCUCAUAAAAGGAGCAGGAGAAAGUGGGGAUCAAGUUUAUGUCUGUAUCUGUGGAUGCCCUGGUCACAUGAUUUCCUGCGUGCAGUGUUUAGUAGGCCACAGUUCCAUAGUUCACUUUUCUACCUUAUUACAUGUAAUGAAAAAUGUUGUGAUAGAAAGUAUCAGUCAUUAAAAAUUGAGAACAUACAUUUAGAUUUUCAGAAUAUAAUAAUAGAUUGCAGUGUAUAGCUUUUCAUUAUAACACAUUAAUAGGAAAAGACACAAUUAUAAGAAAAGAUACUAUUUUCUGAAUUCUGUUGUUGUUAUGACUUGGGGGGAAAAGCAAGGUUGCCUGUUUUUAUAAAUGGGUGAUGGUCACAUGGCUUUUUCAUGGGUGGCAGAGAAAUGCACAGCAUCAAUCUUUAAAUGUAUCUUUUAAGUCCACAAGGCCACAUGGACCUCUGAGAUUUUGACCAUAGUCAAACAGUCAAGCCUUCCCCAACUUUGUACUCUACAACUGUUUUGGACUACAGCUGCCAUUAGUCCAAGCCAGCAUAGUCUGUAAGCCAAAACAGUCGAAAGGGCCUUGGUUGGGGUAGGCUAGCUUAGUCUGUUGCAAUACAGGCAAUGAAUACAGCCGUUCAUGUGAUCAAAGCACUGUUGUCUGCUGUCUGACUUUUAAGUUGACUGUGGCUUUUACAAACUUCUGUCGCCUUCAGACUCCUUCAAAAACACCCUAACACUCAGCAACUUCCAGUGUUUGAAGUGCUUUGUGUAUUGCUAAACCUUGGCGCACUUGUAAGAUACACUAGUAUUAUUGCUCUUACUGUGCAAACUGUGGGGCAAACAAUGAGAAAUUAGGUACUUGACCAAGACGGGUCCCCAGCUAUGUGAUGUCAGUACAACUUAAACUUCCAAAUAGAUUACAAAUAUUUUUCAAGUUAGCCUCUAGUGUAGGUUGUGUUUAGUUGGGGGUCAAGAAAGGGAAUAAGCUGAAGAACAUGGAGGGGAGAGCUGUCUUUGUUGUGCAAAGAGCUUGAUUUUGUAAAGUUUCCUUAUGCAACUAAUGACGUUCCUGACAUUUAUUCUCUGUAGCUUUUGAAAAGAGAGUCUAAAGUCAGUGAUGUGUUAAACUUAGUGGCUUGUAUUGUAUUGUGUAGUAUGGUUUAGGUAGUAGUAGGCCUUUCUAAACCUUAUAGCACUGGAAGGAAUCAUUGCUUUCUCAAGAAUGACAUCACAAGAACAAUAUAAGUUGCCCUUCUUACAUAGCUGUGUUAAAAUAUCACUCAGAGACCUCUGUAUGCAUUUCCCAUAUCCCCUAUCAGUCCCUUCUGCUUAAUCACAGAAUGCAAACUUGCAGCUCAUGUUCCUUGACGGAAUAGGAGCACAGCAGAAGAAGAUACUUAAGGCAGGGGUGAGGAACCUUCAGUCCACAGGCCAAUCUCAGUAUUUUAUGGGUAUCACUGCACUCAAGAAAAACCCCAGUCACAGAUGAGCUGCAAAAGCAGGUUUUUUAGUCACUAAAGAUAUGAAAGGUAUGCAUAGGCCUCCUAUUUCAUGUAGCAGUCUAGCGUAGGUGAGUGCCAAUGUGAAAGCACUGGAUCAAGCUUAUAGUAAACAAUACGAAAAUUGUGUAGUUUUAAUAUCCUGUUGCUAAUUGCUAAUACGCUGUGCUAAUGAAAUUAGCGUAGCAUAUAUGUAACAGUCAUGUAAGUUCUUUCUCUCUGGGUGGAAAUACAAAAGUAGCUUAUCAAGCUUUUUCACUCCUUUAGGAAACUUGUUUGAAGCAGAACAUAGCAAAACAGUUAUCUGGAGGGAAUUGAUUAGCAGUUUGUAGAUUCUGAGACAAAAGGAAAAUCUGGUACAAGUAAUUGAGAUUAUUAAAAUAACUUGAUAAAGAGCAAUAAUCUGUGGCAGGCAUCAGAGAUAUUAUGUUGUUGGAGGUAAAGAAGUACAGUUGAUGGAGUAAGAAACUUCCAGAGUGAUUUCUCCUUUCAGUUGAGACUUCUGUGCAGUUCAUUUAUUGAUUAAUAUGCAUUAAACCAAGAAACCCAUCCCCUUAUAACUGAUUGUUAACAUUCUGGGUCUCCUGAUUCUGCUUUCUUAUUUCACUGGUACACUGGAAUUUUUGAUAUAUCAUGAGAGCAUUAGAACAUAUAUUUGUGGGUGUUAACAGCUGUAGUGCUUUGCGCCUCUCUCUGCAAACUGGUAAUGGCAACAGUAGAUGACAUUGCUUGCUAAAGCUUAUUGGAUAGGUUUGCUUUUGUAGAUGCACAAAUGUUUCCCUGAAAUAAGCAAGUUUGACAACAUUUUAACAUUUAUCUCAGAGGUUGUAUGCUGCCCUUUCAACAUAAGCAUAAUCAGAAUGAGAAAACAGUCAGAGGUCUCUUUUCCGAGUUUUUAAGAUAAGCAUGUUUGUUUGUUUAUUAGAUAUAUAUCCUGUUCUUCCCCUAAAAGGAGCCUUCAAGUAUUCUGGAUUGGAGAGGGUAGCACAGUGACUAUUAGUGGCAAAAAAAUAUAGCUGUUUGGGGAAAGAAAUUUCUCCCACCACCACUGUACCUGCUUCAGAUGAAAUACUAUAAAAUAAAUAAAUAUAACACUCACACUUGAAGCGAAGUAAAACAUUACUGAAAAAAAUAAGCAAGCAAGUUGCUCUACAUUCUAUUACCACACAUUUAUAUAGGCACACACAGCCUCUACUUCCAGCCAUGCAGCUUACACCUACUCUCCUAAUGGGUUUCAGUCCAGAAUUGGUUCUACUGCUUCUGGGAACAAUGGCUGAGAGGGAGACAACAGAGAAUCGGAGAGUGACCCCAACAAGAUCUGAGCAACGAAAGAAGAGGUCAUAAACUUGAAUAAAGUUAAAUUUUCACACUUUGUUCUGAAUUUAAUUUGAUCCCCUCCCCCCCAAAAAACCCCUGGAAUUCAUUGGCAAUGAUUUUGGUGGUGGCAGAAAAAAAGAUUGUGUGGAUACAGGUGAAAGCUAGAGCAUUUGUAUAAAGCUGUUGACAAUUUCCAGUUCCUAAUACUUUCCACACUUAAAUAUACCUGAACAGAAGAUAGCACAUUCACUGGAGUUCUUACCAUACACAGAAUUGAGAUUAAAUUAGUUUUAAAGUUAAAAAACCUAUUUUGAAGCAUAUGAUCCCUUUUUUGAUUUUAUUUGUUUAAUGUUUCCUAAGAAGUCAAUAGUGUGUUUUAGAUUGUGGAGGAAAACUACCAGAACAAAACUUUUCCAUUUGGUCAGAAACCUGGCUGCGAUUUCUACUACGGGAAACAUGGUGCAGAUAUAUACAUAGGUAAAUGUAAAGUGAAAGUGCCCUAUCCCCACCCCGCUGGCCAACUUUCUGUUUGGUGAGUAUGGCAGAAGUGAAAAAAAAUAUCACUAGAGGAAAGUGAAAGAGUAAGAGAGAGAAUAUCUCAACCAGUAUGUUUCAGUGUAUGAUGACAGUUGAUAUAGGAUGGUGUGCAUGUGAAGAAACUAAUUUUACUAGCAAAUACAGCACACCCACUUCUAAUUCUGCACCCUUCUCCCUUUUCAGCCUGCUUAGGAUUUCUUCAGCAAAAAAAAUGUUAGCCGAAGAGUUUUAUGGAGGCACUAACUUUUUACUAACUCUUCCUCCCUCCUGACUUCGGAAGAGAAAAUUAUGGACAUACCCUGUCUUCUAGACCUUUUCUAUCCCUGUCCUUUUGGCAAUCCAUAGAAUCAAAGGACUUUCUGCCACUUUUUUUUUAAAGCAACCUCAAACCCAGCAAGGUUAAGUUUCAGUAAGAUCACAUGGCUAUGUACUGAUUAGGCAUGUCUUCUUUCGUUUUUUAAGCAAAUCCUAAGCCAUGACCAAAAAUGUCCGAUGUAUAGCCCACUAAUAAUGAAAGGAGAAUGCAUUUACCGGUAUGUAUUACUGAGUAAAACAAUGAAUGGAGAUGGUAAGAGAUAGAACAGUAGAGCAGGUUUGAUGUCCAGAUUUAACCACAAAUAAGUUGAAAACACAACUGGAAUUUUGCAAGUGUGUGAUUUUAGGACUCUGACAGAGUAUAGAAAUCCAUGGGUAAAAAACCUAGAGUUCAUUAAAGGUAUAGGGUUAUAGCCAUUCAUGAAACAGACUUCCAUGUGUUCAACAGAACUUCCCCUUGCUUUCCUGCAGCCCCUUGUACACCCUCAAAAUCUGAUUCAAUGGCUUAGGGGACCAUGUGGAGCAGAUUUAGGAUGUGCAUGUGGGGAGAGGAAGGAGAAGUCCCAUUGUGUGAGCAAAAAAAUUUCUUGAGCAUUGUUAGACACAACCCAUAAGGAUUAGGGCAGAUUAAAUGUGAAAAAGCAAGGAACAUUGUCCAGCACAGUAGCCUUAAAGAUAUGGGGUGAUACUCAACUAUUUUUUUCAUUCAGAGUUGAUUCAUUGAAACUAAACCAUGACUAAAUUAGGUGUAUUAAUGUCAAACUCUGCAUAAACGUGAGUGAAUGCCAGCCCCAGUGUGAUGCAAAGUUGCAAAGAGUACUGAGACUCAGUUUUCAGAGGGCACAUGCUUGACAGCCAUGUGGAAUUUGGACAGGUGAGCACUGCAGUUAAUGUUAGGACAAGGAAUUUGGGGAAGACAAAACAAAAUAUCCAUUGGGUGACAUCUAACAUCACUCACAUGACAGCAUGUCUGCUUCCCCAUGGCUCUGCAUUCCCAUGUGUUCUGGAAGGUCUCUCAAUCCUCAAAUAAAUAUUGGGGGAGCGUGGUGCCAAGUGCGAGAGGCAGGAGAGCAAAAAAGUCCUCUUGCACAAGUGCAAGUCUCUUGUGCUGAGAGAUUGGCACCCAUUGCUUGCUUUUAAAUCUAACAACACCUUAAAACAUCUCAUGUUUGUAUUGUGCUUUGUUUGCUUCUGGAAAUGAUAUGUGAAUAAGCAUUAAAAAAAACUAAUAGAUUGCAGCAGGAGUUUUCGCAAGUGAAAGUAUUACUUCAUCAGAGGCAUGAUGAAGAAACACUUGCUCCCAACAGCUUAUAAAAUAUUGUGAUGAUGCAAUAUAAGAGCCUCUCUUUUGGUGUAGUAAGGCUGUUUAUAAUCUCUGCUACAGCAGACUAAUAUGGUUAGUCUCCUGGAACCUUCCUUUGAGACAAAUACUUUAUUUUGUUCAGGUUUAAACUUGGAAGAUACUAUAUCCAAUAAAUUCAUGUAGAACUGGCAGAACAUUUCUGUUACAUUUAUUAAUGCAUGGAUAGCCUACGUGGUACUCAUUUUGGACUGCAACAAUUGGCUAAGGCUGAUAGGUGUUUUAGCCCACAACAUCUAGUGGUCACUGCAUUUGCUAGCCCUGGAUUAUCCCAUGUUUCAGAAUUGUCUACUGAGCAUUCAUUCUGAUUUGUUUGCAGGGAGCAGGGUCGACCCACCCAUGAGAUGAGGUGAAGCAGUUGCCUCAGGCAGCAGUUCUGACCUCCAAGGAGCGUGCCGCUGCAGUGUGCCACCACCUAUUCCUCUCCAGCCUCCUUUUACUCCCCCACUGCAUUCAGCGUAGGGGGUGGCAGAGGAGGAGGAAGAGCCAGGUGGCAUAUUCAGUUUUGCCUCAAGGAGCAAAACAUCCUGGGCCAGCCCAGGUAGGGAGGUUAGAUACUGUUAUGUCAAGCAAAUCUUAUCGCGCAAUUCCCAGUGCAUUUUCCCAUCACUUUCCUUAUUGCAAAAAGUUCAGUUUUGGGGGUGAGAAAGCAGGUUUGUUGUGCAAGAACAACAUAUCCACUUUAAUUUUGCAACCUAAAUUUCCUAGUCAGUAUGUGAUUGAAAAUAGUGGCACUCUGGAAGAAUCCGUGGUGGAUAUGGAAAUGGGGCAGAUUUCUGUGCAAUUGUGUUUGUAUGUCACAGAAUGUCUGAUAACUCUGUUCAUUCUCAGUGGGGUUCAGCUGGUUUUCCUUUUGAAACCACUUCCUCUUGGUCCCUCCACAUGCCUUGGGGUAGUCAUUUAUGUGGAAUUUUGGGGCUAGUAUCAAGUAGGGAUUUCAGUGCUAAUCUCUACCACUGAUUUCCAAGGUUGCAGGAGUAUAAAAGACAUAGAGUAUAUGCCACUCUUAGUAAUUGUGUUUACCCUAGAAAUGCUCAGCAUUUUUCUUGCUAUAACAAAUUUCCUGGUUUUCCCCCCACUUUUUUUCUAUUUUGCAUGAAAUGAGGAGGGAAGUUGUCCAUAGAGAUAAGACUUCUCAAUUGUAACUUCCCUGGGUAACUUCUUUAUCCAAUUUCCUAGUUCUAAAGCAGAGCUACAAAGGAUGUAGAAAGUUGGGGAUACAUGAGCUAGCUCUCUUAAUAGACGCGCUAAAAGUGAAAUUUACAGAAUGCUUGUAACGUGUAACAUCCCUGUUGCCACAUCAAAGGGCUUGUGAUCAGUUUGCGGAGAGGCAGGGCUCAACAGCAGCUGUUUUAUUUGCAGAGAAAUAGGCAGUGAUUAGAGUGAACAGGAAAUUUGGUGGUGAGAGGUGGGGAAUUCUCAGGCCUCACCCUUCCCCUGGAACAAAGGCUAUAUCAGUGGUUCUGUCUCACUGCCUUUUAAAGUCUAAUUGGGAAAAACUAAUCAUGUCCUAUGCAGGCCAUAUCACACUGGGUCGGAAACUGUAUUGCUGUAGCGUACAAGGUAGGAGAUGGCUGGCUUACAGUGAUUCUGUUGUGUGUAUUGUUACUUCACUCCCAAAUCUAAAAAUAACAGCUUCAUAUGUGGUGAAUGGCCUUCAAAGGGAAGAUCCACAGCUCAGUGGAUAGAGCUUGUGUUUUUUCAAGGUGCCAGGUCUAUUAUCUUUAUCUGACAUCUCUUAAAAGCAGCUUUCUCUAACCUUGAGUCCCCAUAUGUUUAACUAAAUGCCUGUCAAAUCCAGUCAGCGUUGCCAAGGGGCAGAGACGAUUGGAAUGGUAGUCCCAACAUCAUCUAGGGACCCAAGGAUUGCUUAAAGCUAUCUUAAAUUCUCAUGGGUUGCAGAACUGGAAAACACCAAACAUUUCUGCCUGAAACUGGACAGCUGCUGGCUUCAUAGGCAAUAUUAGCCGAGAUGGACCAUUUUCUGAUUCAAGACUGACUAAACUUGGUGAUUCUAGUCCAGAGUCUGCUUCAGUCAUAUUUGAUAACCAAAUAUUUUUAUCAUUGUCAUUUGUCUCAUGAUGGAAGGUUCUUAAAGAUAACCAGCUUUCAGUAAUUCUAAUUUGAAGUGGUAUCAGCCUCCCUGCUUCACCUGAGCGACUAUGGCUGCAAUCCUAAACACAUUUACCAGGGGUUAAGCACCAUUGAACAUGUUGGAAGUUGCUUCUGAAUAAACUUGAGCAGGCUUUUGCCAUAUUCUGCAUUACAUUUUUUGUGCUUUGGCCUGAAAAUGGGAGACACAGUUGAGGCUUGAGGGGAAUCCUGAGCAAAGGUUGCUACAAGGUAGAUAAAGAGUCCUUUUUGCUUCUUACCUGAUAUAAGUAUUUUGAGAUCUAGGGCUGAAAAAUAACUCUGCCUUAAACUAAUGAACAAAAUAAGCAGUGACCUUGGUUGUUAAUACUACUUGUGUCCGGAGGUGGUUGUAUGUUACACCAGCAACAUAUUUAGGGCGCUGCAGGUGACUCCUCUACACAGGACACUGAGGCGAGGUGGCACUUGAGUUCCCACUAUGUGUAGUGCACUUGAGAACAUGCACAGAAUGGAAGGAAAGAGUGGGGAAGGCACCAAAUAAAUAUUCAGCCAAAGUCCGCCCCUCGUUACACACAGCUGGCUAUAAUAUCAAAAGUAUGGUAUAAGAGAAAUGCCAUGAAUGUGCUGUACUUCCCCCAUUGUAUAAUGUAAUGAAUUUCAGCUUGCUUGCUUUUCUUUAAAAAAUAACUCAAACUGCAUUAGUCAUACACAUUUCUGUCUUUAGUGCUUCAGAACCACGCCCGGCAGGCCUUGAAGAGUCAGAUCAGCCACCAUUACCAGGAGAGCAAGGUAUAAAUUUGGAUAACACUGGACAUAAGCUUUCGGACUUCACAAACAGGCCACCAGGUGAUGAACAUGUUUUCAUUAUUUUUAAUGUACUCUUUAUAUACAAUAUUAUCAUUUACUGUGCUUCACUCAUUGCUUAUUAAGACUGAACCUAAAUUUGGUAUUCCUACUACUUGUAGGUACACUGACAGGGACUGCAUCACGUCUUAGUUAAUUGGGUCCAUGUAGCAUACCUUCACCCACUUCAAACUUAUUUUAUUGUUUUUUUCAACAAAACAAACAUUACAUUGUUAUCCAGUAUCACAACUUCAUUCCAUAUUUGCCAUAACUAGACAAUACAAAAGAGGCCAGUUUUAGUGACAUCUUGCAGAUUUUUGAUAAAAGAAUGUUUCUAUUUAUCUCUAUAGGCUACCCAGCCCAGCCAAUGGAACAAAGAGCUCUUCAGCAAAUACCUCCUCAGCUUUUGCAGCAUGGACAACAGCAGCAGCAGCAGCAGCAGCAGCAGCCACCCACACCUCAACAGACACAGUCUCAGCAGCAACAGAUGAUGAUGAUGCUCAUGAUGCAGCAAGACCCUAAAUCUGUCAGGCUUCCUGUUUCCCAAGGUGUCCAUCAACCUAGAGGCCCUCUGAAUGUAGACUCACAAAGAAUGUCAAUGCAGCAGGGGGGCAACAUGUCGGUGAUGGUUAAUCUUCAAGGUCCUGGUUCAGUGCCUCAAUCUCCUGACAAGCAAAGGAUCCCAAUGCCAAACAACCAGCCUCUUGUGAACAGUGCACGAAAGAUGGUUUACCCAGAUAAUGCACAGAAUCCAACCAGCUCUCCACUGGGAGAAGUUUCAUCAGUGCCCUCUGUUUCAGAAGGAAAUGGGCCUGAAGUCCCUUUAGCAUCUGGGCCUCAAAAUAAUAUAGCACCCCACUUAGUAGUUUCACAAAACCAGUUAAUGAUGGCAGGGCCAAAACCUGGACCUUCUCCAAUGUCAGCUCCUCAAGGUACAAGCCCUCAGCAGCAGUCUAAUUCUCUUACUGGCCCUCACCCGCAUCAUUUUCAGAAUGUUCCUACCACAUCACAAACAUCGAGACCCAAAACUCCAAACAGGGCAAGUCCGAGACCAUACUAUCCACAGACUCCCAAUAACCGUCCACCAAGCACAGAGCCAUCAGAAAUAAGUUUGUCUCCAGAGAGGCUCAAUGCUUCUAUUGCAGGCCUCUUUCCUCCUCAGAUUAAUAUUCCUUUGCCUCCCAGGCCCCAUCUUAAUAGAGGAUUUGAUCAGCAGGGUCUUAAUCCAACCACUUUGAAGGCUAUUGGGCAAGCACCCUCAAAUCUUGCAAUGAAUAGCCAAUCAAGUUUUGUUUCACCACAAGCACAUAAGUUGGACUCCAUGGCUAUUAAUUCAGGAAAGCAAACCAAUGCUUGUGGGGCAAAGCGAGCCAGUCCAAGUAACAGCAGAAGGUCCAGUCCUGGAUCCAGUAGGAAAACAACACCAAGCCCUGGGAGGCAGAACUCAAAAGCAACCAAGUUAGGUUUGACAUCUCAGCAGAAUCCAGGGCUCAUGCAAAACAUAGAUUUACAAAGAAGUAUGAUGGUCGGUCCAGCCUCUUUGCAAAUGCCUACGCCUGGAAGUUUUCAGAAUAAUGGUAUGAUAGCUGCCCAGAAUCCUGCAAUCCCUGUAUCAGUCAUGAGUGGUAUUCCUGAGGAUAAUAAAGAUGGCUUUAGCGCCCCCCAAGAGAGUGUGUGCCAGAAUAUGCAGGUUGCCCCAGUGAACAAAGAUCAGCGCAACAUUGAGCUGAAAGGCGUUCCCAGCCAAGAAAUUAAAAUACUGGUCCAUGAAGAGCAACAGAAGAGGGAGGUCCCUCCUAUAGAAUCCAACAAGCUUCCCAGUCUGGAAGAAAACAAGAAUCUUAUCUCUCCAGCUAUGCGGGAGGCACCAACAUCCUUAAGUCAACUUCUUGACAAUUCUGGGGCUCCUAAUGUUACCAUUAAACCUCCUGGUCUCCCUAGCCUUGAAGUGCCUCCACCAGUGACUUAUGCAGAUGAAUUCAAAAAGAUUGCUGCCAUUCCUCCUCCCCAACAGGAGCCUCCUUCUAGUAAAGACUCUGUCUGUUCCCUAAGUUUACCUGCAAAUUCUGAAGCCUGUUCAACUCAAGUGCAACAAGAUCUGGGUGACAUAAAUUCAAGUGUUUCCCAGAAUAUUUCUCCAGUAAUACAGAGGCCUGUUAGCUCUGCUUCUAUUUCUACAUCACUCCCACCCAAUCAGAUAACAGUAUUUGUAACUUCCAACCCUAUUACAUCAUCAUCUAACACGCCUGCAUCAUUGCCCUCUCAUCUACAGUCUACAUUAAUGCCUGCUGUCGUCACCAUGCCUAGUGUUGGCAAUAAAGUUAUUGCUUCUGAAGGACAAACAACAGUUCAGUCCAAUGCUCGGCCUCAGUUCAUUACGCCAGUUUUUAUAAAUUCAUCCUCAAUAAUUCAGGUUAUGAAAGGAUCCCAGCCAAGUACAAUUCCUGCAACCCCAAUGACUUCUAAUUCUAAUUUAAUACCACAGUCUGUUGCAGUUGUUGGCCCUUUGCAUUUGUCCCAGAAUAUAAAAUUCUCAUCAGGGCCUGCUCCUCCUUGCUCGUCUUCUAAUACUCCUAUCUCAAGUAUACCAACAAGUCGGCCAGUGGUUAUUAAUUCAUUGCCAUCUCCUAUUCAGCUUCCUUCUCCCUCAUUAAUGGCUCCUUCAAGCACUUCUCCGCAUCCUUCCAUUCAGCAAGUCAAAGAUUUCAACCCAGAGGAGUUAAGUUCUCAGACGUCAACAUCUGAUUCAAAUGCUGAAGCAACCUCACAGCCUGGAGCUGUGGUCUCUCCAUCUGGUGAUCAGAGCCCUGGAUCUUCCGUCAACAGACGAAGUCCAGUUUCAUCUACAAAGGGAAAAGGGAAGGUGGACAGAAUUGGUCAGUUUUUGCUGACCAAAGCAUGCAAGAAAGUCACAGACUCAGUUGACAAAGGGGAUGAUCAAUACGGUGUGGAAGGAGAAGUGGAAGGUCAAGGACAAGACAUUUCAAUCAUCAACAGUCUGGAAAUGGAACAGUUACCAGUAGAACUAGAAGACAAUAUGGUGGCCUCUCCGGGUCCCACUCUUCUGAAACAAAGCACUUCCGGAACUGGCCAUUUAAGUGCUAGUACUACUGCCGCUGUUUCUGCCUCUGUAUCUCUAAGCUUACCAGGUAGCACUCCUUCCACUAACGUUCUUUCAGUUGUAACCACUCCAGUGAUCUCUGACAUCCUAACCACAAUUCCAAGCACUAAUGGUAACACCUGCAGUUUACCUGCGGAGCAGGUUGGGAUUGGACCAGAAGAUGAAAAAACAGAAGACCAUCAUGAAUCGCCACAGAAUAAGGGUAUGUACUCAUAAACAUAUUGGGCUGUUAUUCCAUUCACUCUGUCGCCAAGAAUCCAAUUCUGCAAAUAUGAAUUAAGGAUGGGUCAUGGUGACAAGGAGGGAGUUGUGUGUGGGCAUGUGUGUGUGUGUGUGUGUGUGUGUGUGUUGAGGCCUAGAACAGUAGAACUGGAACAACUAGAAGAAGGAAUCUCUUACAAUAAGCUUUGUUUCUCAAGUUAAUGUAACAAUACAAUAUUUAAACCUUGCUUUAAAAAGCAUUUUAGUCAAAGUAUUGCAAAUCCCUCUGAUCAAAGAUUGAGCGUUAGUAAUGAUAGCAGUGCAAUAACAUUUGAAUAACGUAUUGAACAACACUAUUCAAAUGAUGAAUUCUGUUCUAGAGUGUAAUCUGAGAGCCUUCCAAAUUUAUUGCUUCUGCAGCAUAGUGGAAAGAUCUUUAUAUAAUGCCUCUGACUCCUCUGGUUUCUCACUUGUCUCAGGUUCAUUUGUCCUCUGUAACAAGUAAAAUAAUGUGAUGUGUAUUUGAAAAUACAUACCUCUGAUGAACAAAGUAACAUAUGAAGAAAGCUAAUCCAAAUGUUCCAUAGAUACUGGGGAUAUUGGAAAUGUCUGCUUUUAUACUAAAUUUUGUAAAUAAACCGAACACUAUAAUAAUGGAUCAAAGUGAAAUCAGUGCAUAGAAUUGGCAUUCCAUAGCAUCCAUGUUUAUACAAUAGUUUUUUCCCCAUUGCUUAAACAAGAUACUAAGAAGGCCUUAAAUGCUUUGAGGGGGGGGAUUUUGUUUUAUUGUUUUCAGAUACUUUUGUCUCCUUGACUUAUUGGGCUAUCAAUGAUAUACCUUUAGUUUUCUGCUUAGCAUAGGGUUUUCCACUUUGGGGACAUUCAUAUCUUGCAGUGUGAUACAGAACAGUCUGUAUUUUCCAGAUAUUUGUAUUCCUUGUUUGUAUUUCUUAAGACUGAAAAGUGCAUUGGUAGCUUCUUAUCUAUCUUGUUUCAGCCUCUUUAUCCCAGACUCCAAUUGCAACACCAGAAAGUAGUGUUCAAAGAACAGGUAUGUUUUCCCUUAGACUAAAUAGCAUAUAUGUUUAUAGGGAAAUAUAUGUGCGCAUAAAACUCUUCCCUGUAUUUUAUGUUACCUGCAAGAUGGAGUUUUAAUUUAUAUUGAAAGAAAUACUGUAUGUAGUCACAGUAUUACACUGAAGAGUUCAAAAAUAAUGUAUCACAUGGACACUGUUUUGACACUGGUCAGAGCAAAGGGAGUGUACUGCAAUAGUUUGCAGCUGUAUUAGUUUUGGAUUGUUUAUGCACAAAUUAUUUUAAAAUGAGCAAUAAAUUUAGGAGUUAUGGGGAUGAGAUUAGAAGCAGUUUAUCACAAGGUAAAGAAAAACCUGAAUUAAGUUGGUUAUGUCUGCUGUUUGGGGUGAGGAGUGAUAGGCAUUCUGUUUUUCAGAGGAUGAUCUGGGGAGCACUAUCUGAUCUCAUCUCAAGUGAUCAAGCUCCAUAAUAAAACUGGCAGCAUCUAGCAAUAUGGACGUUGCAGUUAUACUCCAAAUUCAAAGCUAAAUGUAACAGUGAUAAAACAUUACAAGUUGAAAGCAUGCUUUCUUUUCUUUAAAAGUAGGUAAAUGUAUUCUAGUGAACCGUCAGCUUAACACACAUUUAACUAGUGCACAUUCAGCUUUAAGUGUGGGGCAAAAAUAAAAAAUAAAAACAUCAGGAAGGGGGUGGGGUUUCAGGAAAAAUGACUUUGGCAGUCCCACCUCCCCUUGAACCCAAUGGGUUUUGACUAUACUAUACAUUAUUUUGGCUUUAGGUAUGAUCCCUGGAACGUAACCCCUGCAUAAGUUGCAGGCUUACUGUACUACACUUUGAUUAAAAGUUGACAGGGUUGCACUUCAUCUGAUCUCUGCUUAGUUUAUAGCACUUACUUAGACAGGGAAUGGGAGUUGGUAGGGGCAGAAGUGUUGUAAAGAUGAUCUGGUGAAUUGUGCAUAUCAGGCCCAUUAAAGUCUGAAGUGACCUCCAUUUCCUUAGAUCAAGAAUUAUGUGAUACAUGAUGAGGCUACUAAUAUCUACUUAGAUUUUUCAUGAUGAAAUAUUGCUAGUAUUAUACCUAUCACUUAUUCUCAGAGUAGCAGUUAGAUUUCUUAAUGAUACCCAUUUUCUUUUCUUUUCUUUUCUAUAUGCUUCAGCAGUAGAGUAACCCCUCCAUUUAUCUGUUUCAGAACUGGAAGCAAAUUCUGCAAUUAUUUCUGGCCUGGUUACGUAAGUAAUUCACUAUGGAAUGAUAGUAAAGGAGAAGUAAUUUCUGUUCUUGGUUUAUGUAGAAAUGUGUAUUACAUAACUUUAAAGUGUUCUGUAAUUUCUUUCUCCUUGGCCUUGUAGAAAUCUGUCUAACACAGAGGAAAAGUGCAAACUGGUGGCUGAUUCCUGCAAAGACUUGCAUGUGAACCUAAUUUAGCAUCCUGCAUUUAUUUCAAUUAGUGACAUAGGUUAGGGCUCCUAUGAAAGCAAUAAUGUUUCUUCCCAGGGUGUGCUAAUUGUAUCCAACGUUAGUCCUACGCAGAGCAGAUCCAUUCAUGUUAAUAAGCAUGCCUUUCUUAGGUUCAUUAAUUUCAGUAGGUCUACGAGUAAAAUUUAGCUAGAUAGAACCCAUUCUGUUAAAUAGCCUAACACUCAUAAUUAUACCUUUCAGUCAAAUGUACUGAACUAUACAGUCUUCCCCUAGACUGGAACAAACCAUCUAGGACUAAGGGCUGAACGUUCCCCCUUUGGUUCUUUUCUCAAAAGACCAAAAUACAUCUUGCCUGGCUUUUCUGUGGCUUUUCUGUGGCAAGGGUAUUUUGCUUCCAAAUAAUGAUACUUGUCAUCCCUUCAUUUUAAAGAGGAAUGUAAUUUCUGGAUACCAGUCCUAGCACUGUGUUCCAUAUGUUCAAAUGACCGGACCUAUGUUUUUAUUUAUAAAAGUAGCUCUGUUCUUGGUUCCUUGUAUUGUCACCUACUAAUAUUUCUCGAAGCAUACAAAGCAAGAAACUUUAGUGCUGAUGUUGCAAGGCUAUCUUCCUGUUUUUCUUGUAGCAUGAAUUGUAUGUAAAUACGCAGCUCUUGUAUCAUUUUUAUCAGAAAUGAGCCGAAGGAGAGCUGCGAAAAGGCUAAAACUCCGAGCAGAAGAAAUUCAAGGACGGAGGAAUCUUCAGCAGUGCAGGAGACUGUAGAGAAUGGGCAGCGCAAGAGAUCCUCCAGACCAGCAUCGGCAUCCAGCACUGCAAAAGGUAAGAUGCUCAGUUUUUUCACCCAGUAUGUUCCCUUUGGCUUAGAGUUAAUUUAAUGAGGUGUCAAAAUUAUAGAACUAGGAAUGAAAAGGAAACAAUUUUAUUGCAUCCAGUUUUAUAGUUUUUUUUACUUUCUCUUUUCCAUUCUGAAGGUCUUCUAAAAUAUUAUAUGCAGUGCCCAUUAACACAGCAAAUAGCUUGAAAAGUCACUUUGCAAAUCUUAAAUAGAUGGAAUAUUUAAGGAUUAGAAGAUAUUUUCACUCUAAAAUAUGAAAGGCAGAAGACAAAACCUUGUCUCUCUCUGCAAAAUUGGUUUUGCAGAUGAAUGAAUUUACUUAUAUUGUUCAUGCUUGUCUGUAGACAUCAGUAUACAUGAAAGCAAACUGUGCUGUUGCAUCAGGUGUUCCUCAGCCUGGUGCCCUCCAGACAGGGCCGGUCCACCUGUGAGGCAAGGUGUAAGACCAUUUUCUGAGAACUUAGCAGACUGACUGGACAAACCUUAAAACAGAAAAUAUUAGUAUGGUUAAUACAGCAUGAUCCCCUUCUCCCUCUAGUUUAUUUUUUAUUUGUUUAAUUAAUAAUCUUCCAAACUGCUUUCACCCCCCAACAGAAACAAAUGCAAGUGUUAUGCAGUCAAAAAGAAGAAAAUCCAAAUGA